AUGAAUAGAGAAGGGUUCAGAUUUACCGACAGCCAACCAGCGGACGUCGAGGAAAAGAAAAUCGAUAUACCUGUAGUAGAUAAUACAGAGUCGAGAACACAAUUAGUAGCUCGAAUCGAGAGCAUAACUUUCUCCAUAAUUCAACAAAUAUGUUCCGGUCGAUUGCCAAAAAUUUCCUAUUCUUCAUCUCAAAAUUACGCUUCAACGGGUACUCAAACAACCGAAGAAAUUAAUUUCGAAUCGCAAUUUCCUGAAGAUUCUGAACAAAUCACCGAAGAAUCUGAACAACAUGAGCGAAAAAGUGUAAUCAGUUUUGCCAGGAAAAGGGGCAAAGACAAAUUCGCUCUAAUGAUCACCGUAAUGGCGGCAGCGCAUCGUUUGCUAAUUACAAACUCGAGUAUCACGAGAAGGUCCCUUUAUUACGACCUGAAAAAGGAGAAGACCUCGAAUUUGGUGCCAGAACAGAGAAACCUGGAUCAGGCUGUGAAUCACGUUGCUAAUUUACUUAAUUGUGCCCCAUGGGAGCUCAAUUUGUUGCCAACGUCCAAAGGAUUAGUAGCCGGAGAAUUGAUAUUAACGUUAAACGACAAUCGAAUUAUCGAUUGUAAGGUGCCAGGAGGUGCUCUUAUUCCCAUGAUCUCAUCAAACGUAAUUUCCGUUCGAGCCAGAGCCAAAAUGGUGCUGAUCGUCGAGAAGGAUGCUGUCUUUCAGAAACUGUUGGAAAAUGAUUGCACCACUUCUUUGAAUUCCAUUAUUGUGACGGGAAAGGGAUAUCCGGACGUGGCGACAAGAAUGCUGGUCAAACUGCUGUCGGAGAAAUUGGAGCUUCCGCUGUACGCGAUUGUUGACGCUGAUCCGUUUGGCGUGGACAUCAUGUGUGUUUAUCGUUUCGGCUCAGCGACGUUAUCCAGAGAGAGGGAGAGCCUUGCCUGUCCAAGUGUACGCUGGCUGGGAAUACAUCCGUCGGAAUUGCUCGCACUUGGAGUGAAUACCGUUCCCCUCACGGAAUUCGAUUUAUCGAAAUUGCUGGCCCUCGAAUGCAGGCCUUACAUGAGGGACGCUUUUCUCAGGGAGCUUCGAGUGUUGCGGACCGGAAAGGCGGAGAUAGAAAGUGUUUCUUCCUUCUUGGGGAAAUUCUUGGCCGCGACCUAUCUACCUUGCAAGAUCAAAGGAGACGAUUACGUUUAA